GUGAGGUUGCAGGAACAGAAUCUAGAAUAUAAUCUCUGUAUUCUAUGGUAGUAAGGUUGCAGGAACAGAAUCUAUAAUAUAAUCUCUGUAUUCUAUGGUAGUAAGGUUGCAGGAACAGAAUCUAGAAUAUAAUCUCUGUAUUCUAUGGUAGUAAGGUUGCAGGAACAGAAUCUAUAAUAUAAUCUCUGUAUUCUAUGGUAGUAAGGUUGCAGGAACAGAAUCUAGAAUAUAAUCUCUGUAUUCUAUGGUAGUAAAGUUGCAGGAACAGAAUCUAGAAUAUAAUCUCUGUAUUCUAUGGUAGUAAGGUUGCAGGAACAGAAUCUAGAAUAUAAUCUCUGUAUUCUAUGGUAGUAAGGUUGCAGGAACAGAAUAUAGAAUCAAAUGACUGCAAAACCAACAAGCCAAGCUUCACUCUCCAAGGAGGACCUGCUUUGUCCUGUGUGUUGUGAGGUAUUCAGCCUUCCCGUCCUGCUGAAAUGUGGCCAUAACUCCUGUAAGGAGUGUUUACAGAAGCUGUGGGAAUGGAAGGGAGGCAGGCAAUGCCCCGUGUGUCUGACCACGUCGAGCUCAGAGAGGCCUCCUAUCAACCUGGCCCUAAAGAUAGCAGCCGACAUGUUUACAAAGCAGAGGACGACCAGGGGAGAGGAGCGCCCAGAGGAGGAGUGGUGUCGUCUUCACAACGAGAAGCUGAAACUGUUCUGUCACAACGAUGAGGAGCCCAUUUGUGUCGUCUGUCAGCUUUCUAACCAACACAAAGUACAUGUGUGUUGCCCUGUAGAGGAGGCUGCUCUGGAGAAAAAGAUAGAGGUCUCAGCCAAGCUUGAUUCAUUGCAGAAACACCUGAAAUUACUCAACAAGACUAAAGAGGAUUGGGAAGAAACCAAAAAUUACUUAAAGAGACAGGCGGACCAGACGGAGCGACAGAUGAAGGAGGAGUUUGAGAGGUUCCACCAGUUCUUGAGGGAGGAGGAGAAGAACAGAGUGGCCAAGUUGAGGGAGGAAGAGGAGAACAAAACUCAGGUGAUGUGUAUGAAGUUGGAGUACAUCAAGGAGAGGAUCGCUGCCCUCACAGACACCAUCAGCCAAGUAGAGAAGUCUAUACGAGCGGAUGAUGUGAAGUUUUUACAGGACUACAAGAAGACAAAGAGAAGGUAUGUGAAGGGCUACUACUAACUAUUAC